GAAUAAGUGUAUUCACCACAGAAGUGUCAUCGAUGAUGGGCGUCUUAAAGAUAUCCUUUAUUCUACUGUUAGUAGCAUGGAGCGUACAGGGCGAUGCUGAAGGUAUCGCCUCUACGACUGGAGGGCAAGAGCCCCAGACCCGAGUGGUGGGUGGCAAAGACGCAACCAAAGGACUUAUGCCACACCAAGUCGCUCUUGGGUCUCGCUCAAAAAAAAAUACGGCUGGAUUUUCUGCGGUGCUGCUAUCAUCUCCGAUAGAUGGAUGCUGACAGCUGCGUAUUGUGUCGAAAGGCUCAAACCAUCAGAUUUUAUCGCUCUAGUUGGUACAAUAUCAAGAAUAAGAGGUGGUACAAUAUAUGAAAUCAACAAAGUCAUUUCUCACAAAGCAUAUAAUAAGCCAUAUAAAUUCGACAACGAUAUUGCUGUUAUAAGUACGAAAAAGACCAUCGAAUUCAAUGAAAACGUGCAGCCCCUGCCAUUACCCAAAAAGAAUAUCCAGUCUGGAUUGUCGUGUAUAGUGAGCGGCUGGGGUUACCUUAACAACCAGUUGUACUCUGACAAAUUGAAGUAUCUGUAUGUAGAAACUUUAACUAGCGAACAGUGCAGUAGAAUCUUAAGUAAUGGACGCUCCUCAACCGUUAUUUUGCCCCUCCACAUGUGUACCCUUAGCAAACGUGGACAAGGAACAUGCCUAAGUGAUGCAGGCAGCAGCUUAGUGUGCAACGGCACCUCUGCCGGUAUCGUGUCCUACAAUUUUCCCUGCGCUCUUGGCAAGCCUGAUUUGUACAGUAACACGUACAUAUACAAUACCUGGAUAAAACAAAAUACUAAAUCACCCUAAGCAUUGUCAGUGGUUAUUAAAUU